AUGAUGGAAAAUCACACGAUCAAGGUGGCUACUUCAUUGGGAUAUGACUAUGAAGUAUUCUUGAGUUUCAGAGGACCAGAUACUCGAGCAGGUUUUACUGACUUUCUUUACACUAGUCUUAAAGGUGCGGGUAUCCGCACAUUUAAGGACGAUGAAGAUCUUCGCAAAGGUGUAGAGUUUGCCCCAGAACUUCUCCAAGCAAUUGAGCAGUCAAAGAUCUUAAUACCUAUCUUUUCGAAAGAUUAUGCCUCUAGUGUUUGGUGUCUCAAGGAAGUAGUUCAGAUGGUCGAGUGCAAGAAAAAUGGGGGGAAAAAGAUCAUGCCCAUUUUUUAUGAUGUGGCCCCUUCAGAGGUUCGAUACCAAAAAAAGAAUUAUGGAGAGUCCUUUCUUUUACAUGAAAGCACGGGGAGGUAUGACCAAAAGACUAUCGGAGAGUGGAAAAAAGCUCUUCGUGCAGUUGCGGAUAUAAACGGAUGGGAACUGCCAAGGGAUCCUACCAGGCGUGAAGGUGAGUCCGUGCGAACAAUCACAUGGAAGGUUGUCAAUGAGUUGAAAAAGGCUUCUUUGAAAGUAUCAAACUACUUGGUUGGUAUCGACCACCAUGUGGAUGAAAUCAUGGAAAUGAUAGGUGCUUGGACGAGUGAAACACAGAUUAUAGGAAUCACUGGGAUGGGUGGCAUCGGAAAGACGACUAUUGCCAAAAUCAUCUACAAUAAGCUUUUAGAAAAAUUCAACAAUUAUUGCUUUCUUUCCAACAUCCGUGAAAUGUCGGAAAAGGGCAUUGAAUGCUUGCAAAAUCAACUCAUUUUGAGCAAACAUGCCUUUGGAAGAGAUUAUCCUUUAGAUGAUGAUAUCAACCAAUCCAUGAGGGCGAUAAAAAUUGCUGGAGGUCUUCCGUUGGCUCUCGAAGUCAUGGGUUCUUUUUUCUUUUGCACUGAAAGGAAAAAGUGGAAUUCCAAAUUGGCUAAGUGGGAAAGUGUUCCUCAUAAGGAUGUUCGGAGUAAGUUGAAAAUAAGUUACGAUGUUUUAGAAGAUGAGGAAAAGCAUAUAUUCCUCGAUAUAGCUUGUCUUUUGAUUGGAUAUGAUAAAGACAUUAUUGUUCAUUUCUGGAAAUCUAAAUUGGAUCCGGAAUAUGCCAUGGAUGUUUUGGAGAGCAUGUCUUUGAUAAAGAUUAAAGAGGAUAAUAAAGUUUGGAUGCAUGACCAACUCGGAGACCUCGGAAGACAAAUAGUUCAACAAAUAAAUGAAAAGGAGAAAACUAGGGUGUGGAAUCCCAGGAAGCAUUGGAAUUUGCUCAAGAGACAAGAGGUAAAAUUCCUUGUACAAUAA